AUCCCUUCCUCCGCCCUAUUCCUCUCUCUCUCUCUCUCUCUCUCGCACAGAUCAUGAACGGCGUCGAGGUGGUGGGAGAGGGCCGCGGCGGCCGCGACGCCGAGGCGGCGGCGACGGUGGGGCUGGAGGAGCUGCGGAGGAGGAUGGCGGACUUCGCCAGGGAGAGGGAUUGGGAGCAGUUCCACUCCCCAAGGAACCUCCUCCUCGCCCUGGUAGGGGAGGUAGGAGAGCUCUCUGAGAUAUUCCAGUGGAAAGGGGAGGUGCCCAAGGGGCUCCCCGGCUGGGACGAGGCGGAGAAGGUGCACUUGGGGGAGGAGCUGGCCGAUGUGCUCCUCUACCUCGUCAGGCUGUCGGACAUGUGCGGAGUCGAUCUUGGCAGCGCUGCUCUACGCAAGCUGGAGAUCAAUGCACGCAAGUACCCAGCAAGCCAGUGCAAGGGCUCAUCCAAGAAGCAUACCUACUACAGCUCCAGAUGCGAUGUUAGUGGUAACAGCAACGGCACCAACCAUCUCACCUCUAACGAGGAGCAUGACAACAACACCAGCAGCAACAACGACAACAAUGGAGUCUAAGACUUAUAGAGCAGCUUGGAUGGUAGCUUGGCUGGUUCUUGCGUUUAGUGAUCCUCGCUAAUUAUGUGCCGAUACAGGGAGUAGGCAUUGAUCUCUUUUGGUGGUAAAGAAUCAAGUUUAUCUAGUUGUGUUUGAUUAGCUGUCCUCUUUAAUUAGAUGCCUAGAGAGUCAAGUGUUGGUCCAGCUACAUAGCUAAUGAAAUGGUAUCCAGCUUCUGCUUAUCUAGCUCCAGUACCCAGUUGCAUGCAUAUGCUGCAGCACUGGUGUGCAUUUACUUGCAUUUGCUGCCACACUGCUUUCUGCCAGGAGCACAGGACCAAGUCAAAAGUGUGGUCUCACUUGCCUCCACUUUGUCAUUGCUGAGCUCUUGAACAGCUUGAUGAGGCUUCAAUUGGUGAAUAGCAUUCAAGUCCUUCUGUUGGUAGUAGCAGUACAAUUGAAAGAAGAGAAAAAAAAACAUCAUGCAAAUCUUUACUUGCUGCUCUCUGACAAGUGGACCUGGCACACUCAGGAUGAAAUUCAGGAAGCUUGCAUUUUUGUCGGCAACUGUUGGUAAAGAUUUUCUAGAAAAUCUUUUCCUGCCUGCACAUCCUAUCUGUUUUGUGUUGAUCAGGAUUCUGAUCAGCUCAGUGAAAUUUACUUGGAGCUGAGCUGGGGGACCAGUGGGCUGGAUGGAUGGCUAGGCAGUGUGAGGGACUAUUCUCAUGUCUUGAAUUGUGUCAGCUUCUCUGACUCUUUGCAGGUCCUGGGAUUAUGAACAGAAAAAGGUAAGGACUUUGAUGGAGUAGAUGACAUACCGUCCUCUUUGUACCUGCUCAAUUGUAUGUCCUUAUCCAUGCAGGAACUCUGUUGCUUUGCUGCUCUAGGUUGCGCACAUAAAUGAUGUGCAUAGUUUGAUGGGCCAUUCAUCUCUGUAGUACUAUGUUCAAAUUUUGAGAUUUGGGGAGUCUAAUAACUUUGGAGUGUUCCCUUCAAAUUUUGAGAUUUGGAGGGUAUGGACUGCUCUGGUGGGAUAUGGUUAGAUUCAUCAUAUUUCUUAGAGCAGGCUGUUGAUUCUUGGAAAAAAGGGAGCAAGCUGUUCCUUAACUUCAGUAAUGAUGCAUGUUUGUGGUUCUGUGUGAAGCUUACUGGUAUA